GAUCAACAAAAUAAAGAAACACAAAGAACUUAUACUAAAGAUUUGGAAAAUGAAGAAACAUGGUAUAUCAAAAAUUCAAAUAAUACUCUUGAUAUAACUGUUAUAGCUAAACUAAUAGCAAUAGUUACUAUGAGUACAAAUGAUGAAGAGCAAAAAAGAGCCAAUACUGAAGAUAAAAGGUUUCAAGAAAAACAAGACAGAGUUAUAGAACAAGUUUUUGAACAACAGGAUAAAAACAACCUCACAAGAACUUUACCUAAAACAGGAGAACUUUCCACAAAGAGAAUAAUAUAA